UGCAGACACACAUGACACACCUCUCCUCUCUUUUAACAUUGUCAGCUGCUUAAACCUCUCCAUUAAUCUAAUCAAGCACAACUCCAGUUCCUGCUUACUGCCACCUAAUCUGCCAUUUUCUUUUUGAUUGUUUGCUAGUAUCUCUUUCCAUGGAGACAUAAGAAUUGCACCUCCUCCUUGGCCAUGGUAUGUCUCUCCCCUAUCUCUCUCUACUAAAACCUCUCACCUCACCACCAAUCCACCUACUAGUCUUGCAGAGUUGCAAGCAAACUACUAUCUUGUCUCUCACUUAGCCUUCCAACACAAGCAAGAACCGAGAUUAUCUGCAUGUGACACGCCAACAUUUCAAGCUGAUUCUACAAUUCUACAGCAUCCAUCAGCUCAGCUCAGCUGAGCUCAGCUUUCAGUUUUGUUGCAGCAGUGUACUUUCAGACAGUACAGUGUCAAAACUGUCAAGUGUGUGUGGUUUCAGUGACUUGAUUGGUUCGUAGAGUAGAGAGAGAUGCCUCCUGGUCUGAGCAGGAGGAGGCGGCCGGACGCGGCGGCGUUGCUGUGCUGCGUGGUCGCCGUCGUGGCGGCGUGCAUGGUCGGCGGCGCCCUCGCCGCCGACGCCCAGGGCGCGGCGCUGCUCGCGUGGAAGCGCACGCUGCGCGGCGGCGACACGGCCUUGCCUGACUGGAACCCCGCCGACGCGUCGCCGUGCCGGUGGACGGGCGUGAGGUGCAAUGCCAAUGGGCGAGUCACCGAGCUGAGCCUCCAGCAAGUUGACCUGCUCGGCGGCGUGCCGGACAACCUGUCCGCCGCCAUGGGCACCACGCUGGAGCGGCUGGUGCUCGCCGGCGCCAACCUGUCCGGCCCGAUCCCGGCGCAGCUCGGCGACCUGCCGGCGCUGACCCACCUCGACCUCAGCAACAAUGCGCUCACCGGCUCGAUCCCGGCGAGCCUGUGCCGGCCGGGGAGCAAGCUGGAGAGCCUGUACGUGAACUCGAACCACCUGGAGGGCGCCAUCCCGGACGCCAUUGGCAACCUCACGGCGCUCCGCGAGCUCAUCAUCUUCGACAACCAGCUCGACGGCGCCAUCCCGGCGUCCAUCGGGCAGAUGGCCAGCCUCGAGGUGCUCCGCGGCGGCGGCAACAAGAACCUCCAGGGCGCGCUCCCGCCGGAGAUCGGCAACUGCUCCAAGCUCACCAUGCUCGGCCUCGCCGAGACCAGCAUCUCCGGCCCGCUCCCGGCGACCCUCGGCCAGCUCAAGAACCUCAACACGCUCGCCAUCUACACGGCGCUGCUCUCCGGCCCAAUCCCGCCGGAGCUCGGCCGGUGCACCAGCCUGGAGAACAUCUACCUGUACGAGAACGCGCUGUCCGGCUCCAUCCCGGCGCAGCUCGGCGGCCUCGCCAACCUCAAGAACCUCCUCCUGUGGCAGAACAACCUCGUCGGCGUCAUCCCGCCGGAGCUCGGCGCGUGCACGGGCCUCGCCGUCGUCGACCUGUCCAUGAACGGCCUCACCGGCCACAUCCCGGCGUCGCUCGGCAACCUCUCGUCGCUGCAGGAGCUCCAGCUCAGCGUCAACAAGGUGUCCGGCCCCAUCCCGGCCGAGCUGUCGCGGUGCACCAACCUCACCGACCUCGAGCUCGACAACAACCAGAUCUCCGGCGCCAUACCGGCCGAGCUCGGCAAGCUCACGGCGCUCCGCAUGCUCUACCUCUGGGCCAACCAGCUCACCGGCACCAUCCCGCCGGAGAUCGGCGGCUGCGCCGGCCUCGAGUCGCUCGACCUGUCGCAGAACGCGCUCACCGGGCCCAUCCCCCGCUCCCUCUUCCGGCUGCCGCGGCUGUCCAAGCUGCUGCUCAUCGACAACACCCUCUCCGGCGAGAUACCGCCGGAGAUCGGCAACUGCACGUCGCUGGUCCGGUUCAGGGCGAGCGGCAACCACCUCGCCGGCGACAUACCUCCCGAGGUCGGUAAGCUUGGCAGCCUCAGCUUCCUCGACCUCAGCACCAACAGGCUCUCCGGCGCCAUCCCGCCGGAGAUCGCCGGCUGCCGGAACCUCACGUUCGUCGACCUCCACGGCAAUGCCAUCGCCGGCGUGCUGCCGCCGGGACUUUUCCAGGGCACGCCGUCGCUGCAGUAUCUUGACCUCUCGUACAACGCCAUCGGCGGCGCGAUCCCGGCGAACAUCGGGAUGCUCGGGUCACUCACCAAGCUUGUUCUCGGCGGGAACCGGCUCUCCGGCCAGAUACCGCCGGAGAUUGGGUCGUGCUCGCGGCUCCAGCUGCUUGACCUCAGCGGCAACUCGCUCACCGGCGCGAUUCCGGCGAGCAUCGGCAAGAUUCCCGGGCUGGAGAUCGCUCUCAACCUCAGCUGCAACGGCUUGUCCGGCGCGAUACCCAAGGGGUUCGCCGGGCUGGCGCGGCUCGGCGUGCUCGACGUGUCGCACAACCAGCUCACCGGCGACCUCCAGCCGCUGUCCGCGCUCCAGAACCUCGUCGCGCUCAACAUCUCGUACAACAACUUCACCGGCCGCGCGCCGGAGACGGCGUUCUUCGCGAGGCUGCCGGCGAGCGACGUGGAGGGCAACCCGGGGCUGUGCCUCUCGCGGUGCCCCGGCGACGCCAGCGACCGGGAGCGCGCGGCGCGGCGCGCCGCCCGCGUCGCGACCGCCGUGCUCCUCUCCGCGCUCGUCGCCCUCCUCGCCGCCGCGGCGUUCGUCCUCUUCGGCCGGCGCCGGCAGCCGCUGUUCGGCCGCGGGUCGACGAGCCCCGCCGACGGCGACGGCAAGGACGCCGACAUGCUGCCGCCGUGGGACGUCACGCUCUACCAGAAGCUGGAGAUCAGCGUGGGCGACGUGGCGCGCAGCCUCACGCCGGCGAACGUCAUCGGUCAGGGCUGGUCCGGGGCGGUGUACCGCGCGAGCAUCCCGUCCACCGGCGUCGCCAUCGCCGUCAAGAAGUUCCGGUCCUCUGACGAGGCGUCCGUCGACGCGUUCGCCUGCGAGGUCGGCGUGCUGCCGCGCGUGCGCCACCGCAACAUCGUGCGCCUCCUCGGCUGGGCGGCCAACCGCCGGACACGCCUCCUCUUCUACGACUACCUCCCAAACGGCACCCUCGGCGGCCUCCUCCACGGCGGCGGCGCCGCCAUUGGCGCCGCCGUGGUGGAGUGGGAGGUGCGGCUCUCGAUCGCCGUCGGCGUGGCCGAGGGCCUCGCCUACCUCCACCACGACUCUGUGCCGGCGAUCCUCCACCGCGACGUCAAGUCCGACAACAUCCUCCUCGGUGAGCGCUACGAGGCGUGCCUCGCUGACUUCGGCCUCGCCAGAGUCGCCGACGACGGCGCCAACUCGUCGCCGCCGCCGUUCGCCGGAUCGUACGGAUACAUCGCUCCUGAGUACGGGUGUAUGACCAAGAUCACGACCAAGAGCGACGUGUACAGCUUCGGAGUCGUGCUACUAGAGAUAAUCACCGGCCGCCGACCGAUAGAAGCAGCUUUCGGCGAGGGCCAAACUGUGGUGCAAUGGGUACGCGAGCACCUCCACCGGAAACGUGAUCCCGCGGAGGUGAUCGACUCGCGGCUACAGGGCCGAUCGGAUACCCAAGUCCAAGAGAUGUUACAAGCUCUCGGAAUCGCCCUACUAUGUGCUAGCACCCGCCCCGAGGACCGGCCGACCAUGAAGGAUGUGGCAGCAUUGUUACGUGGCCUUCGACACGAUGACAGCGCCGAGGCCCAAAAGGCCGGGUCUGGGUCGGCCAUAAAGUGGGCCGAUCCAAGACAGCCCGGCUCACCAACUAAGCCGAUGGCCCAAGCCCAGGCCCAUUCCCACACCAGCUCACUGGCCUACUCAACAACCGGGAGUGUGUAGUGUAAGUCUAAUCCAGAAGGGAUCAGCCAAACAAAGCACUGUGAUGUCUGUGGCAAUGUGAUGGUGACUGUGUCGUCGUUGAGCUCACCUCGGCCGGGCGGCGCUCGCCGCCGGCGACAAGCCGGCGUGGACAAGCUGGGGUCGGUGGAGUGGAUCGGAGGAGGCAAAGGUGGGGAAGAAGAAUAUGAGGAAGACGCCACCUUGCAUGAAACAAAUUAAGCAGCAAUAAUUCCUCCUCGUGUACUGUACCAUACAUAGCAGUAGCUGGUGCAAUGCAUCUGGUAUUCUGUUGUAUUUAUGUAUAUUAACCCAGGGUAAUUAAUAUCUUGGUAAUCUAUGAUCAAAUGAUUGUGUUCCGGGA